GUCGUCGUUCUUGUUUUGUGCAUAGAGGUAAUCGUUCUGAGCAUUUUCAGGUCUUGAAUGUCAAAGAAGCGCGUUAUUCCGUCACGAGGUGGCGUUCGUGCUGGGACAAAUUGGAUCUAAUGUUGCCGUGCCCCAGUUGGUCAAGAGUUUAAGUGACACGACAGAGAACGAAAUGGUACGUCAUGAGUGCGCAGAGGCACUCGGAGCGAUAGCCAAUGACGAUUGCAAACCUGUGCUUCAGCGAUACCUAAACGACCCUAGUCGAGUGGUUAGAGAAAGCUGCGAAAUCGCCCUCGACGUUUGUGAUUAUGCAAACAGUUGCGAAUUCCAAUAUGCUGAUUUGCUGACUGUUUCGACUUAGUU